AUGGAUAAAACUUUCGAUUAUAAUAAUAUUCAUGUAGAUAAUUUUGACGAACUGUACGAUUUUUGUAUUUCUAAGGAUACGAAUAAAAAAAAAAUAAAAGAAGAAAACUAUUUUUCAGAAGAUACACAACAAAAAUUUAAUGACGAUAAGGAUACAUGUAAUAAAGAGGUGUUAAAAAAAAAUACAAAUAUAAAACCUACAAAAAAACAUGGGAAAAAUAAAAAAUCGGAAUAUUCUCCAUGUAAAAUAAUAGAGGAAAAGAGGUUAGAUAUGUUAAAUGAAAGUUUGGAAGAUACGGAAUCAUAUUAUGAUCGAAAAAAAAAAAAUUCACAUAAAUACAAAGAAAUAAAUAACAGCAAUAAUAAUAAUAAUAAUAAUAAUAAUAAUAAUGAUGAUAACAAUAGUAAGAAGCAUAUUGAUCCUCAUGGUAAUGAUUGCAUUCAUCAAGGAAAACACAAGAAUGAACAUGAACAACAAUAUUAUAGUAAUAAGCAUAUGAAAAAUAAUUCAGAAUGUUUAAGUGAUAUAAGUAGCUAUACUGAUAUUAGAAGUUGUAAUAAUGUAGAGGAUGGAAUAUAUGAUGAAUAUGAUUUAACGAAUAAAAUGAAAUAUGAGAAAACAAAUAAAUAUAAAAAUAAAAAUAAAAAUAAAAAUGGUUAUAAUAACAAAUAUGAGAAUAAGAAUAAUUAUUAUAAAAAUGAUUAUAGCAAAUAUUAUAGUAAUCAUAAGGAUGACACACAUAAUGAACUUUAUGAAGAAGGUAAUAAUUAUAGAUAUAAAAAUAAAAAAAGUAAAGAUGAUUUAAAAUAUUAUAGAUGCAGAUAUUGUGAAAUUGAUUCUAUUGAUAGUGUUGUUCAAUGUAAUAAUUGUAAGCGUUGGUUUUGUAAUGGUUCUUAUGGUACUUGUGGUAGUCACAUUGUUACACAUUUAGUUCGAUCAAAACAUAAAGAAAUUAGAUUACAUAAAAAUAGUUUAUUAGGUGAAACAAUUUUAGAAUGUUAUAACUGUGCAUGCAGAAAUGUAUUUUUGUUAGGUUUCCUUCCGACAUCCGAAGAAGGUGUUGUUGUUAUUAUUUGUAGAGAUCCUUGUUUAUCUAGUUAUAUAUCCUUAUAUGAAAAACAUGUCGGUCCUUUUGAUGAACACAAAAGUAAGAGUUUACAAGAUGAUAUGGAAAAGGAGAUUUUGUUAGAAGAUCACGACGUGGAUAAUGAAGAAAUAAAUGACGAACCUAAUAAAAAUAAUAAAAAAAAAUGUGAAAAUAUUAAUAGUAGUAAUGAAGAUGAAAAAGAACAUGAGGAGCCUAUUAAUUUUUGUUCCCUUAAUCAUCCAAGUGAUAGUUCUGAUUACUAUCCUUAUUAUUAUUAUAAUCAUCAUUCUAAUUAUUCGAGACGUGAAAAGAAUAAAAAACAUAAUAAAGGAUCAGAGAAGAAACACAUGAAUGUUUGUUGUGAUGAUAACAAAAUGAAGGAUUGUCAGAAUAAUAAUAAUCCCAAUAAAUAUGUUGAUGAUGAAAAUAUGAUAGAUGGAAAAGAUAAUAAAAAAUAUGAGAAAAAAGGAAAACAAAAUGAUGUGUAUAAAGAAGAUGAAAAGGGGAGUUAUAUUAAUAAUAGUAAUAUUAAUGAUGAAUUAAGGAAAAUAAAAGAUUGGGAUUUAAAAAAAUGGCAACCUGUAAUUGAAGAUCGUUUUUUUUUAGAAUGGUUAGUAAAUAUACCGUCUAAUGAAGAAGCAGAACGAAAAGGUAAAUUAUCAACAUCUUAUAAUGUAAAUAAAUUAGAAGAAUUAUGGAAAAAUAAAAAGGAUGUGUAUAUAGAUGAAUUAAAUUUUGAAAUAUUAAAUGAUGAACCUAAUAAAGUGGAACUAAAAUAUGAAGAUGCUCAUCAUUAUCAAUCCAUAUUUUCUCCUUUAGUUCAAUUAGAAGCUGAUUAUGAUAAAUCGAUUAAAGAAGGCCAGAAACAAGGGAAUGUGAGUGUUCGAUGGGAUAUUGGUUUAAAUAAGAAACGAUAUGCUCAUUUUAUUUAUAUUAAAGAAGAGAGUGAAUUAAGAUUGGUUGCUGGUGAUGAACUAAAAAUAUCUUAUACAUAUCCAGAUGGAUCCGUGUGGUGUUGUGAAGGACAUAUAUCUAGAUUACAUAAUACAGAAGAAAUUUCAUUAGAAUUAAGAACAUCUUGUACAUCUAAUGGACCAUGGGUAGAUAAUAUAACAACCGGAUUUACUGUAGAAUUUAUAUGGAAGAGUACAGCUUAUGAUCGCAUGCAAUUAGCAUUAAACGAAUUUGCUUUGAAUUCCUAUUCGUUAAGUGGAUUUUUAUAUCACAAAUUAUUAGGACAUGAUAUAUCUGAGGAUUCUUUGGAAUAUAAUAAAAAUACAUUUCAUAAAUUAAUGCACAAGAAAGUAAUGAGUAUACGAAAUUAUUCUGCUCCUAAUUUAGCACCUUUGAAUCAUUCCCAGAUAGAUGCUAUAAAAAGAAGUUUAUUAUCUCCUUUAUCUUUAAUACAAGGACCUCCUGGUACAGGAAAAACGUUAACAUGUGCAACUUUGGUAUAUCAUUUGGUAAAGAUGAAUAUGGGUAAGGUAUUAGUUACUGCACCUAGUAAUGUGGCUGUAGAUCAAUUAUCUGUUAGAAUACAUAGAAGUGGUUUAAAGGUAGUUCGUUUGUGUUCUAAGAGUAGAGAAUCGGUUCCAAGUAUAGCUGAGUAUUUAUAUUUACAUAAUCAGAUGAAAUUAUUAAAAACAGAUAUUGCUGAAGAAUUAAAUAAAUUAUUAGAAUUAAAAGAGGAAGUAGGAGAAUUAUCUCAAAAAGAUGAACGUCGAUUAAAAAAGUUAAUCUUAUUUGCAGAACAUGAAAUAUUAAUAGAAGCAGAUGUAAUUUGUUGUACAUGUGUUGGGGCUAUGGAUAAACGAUUAAAAAAAUUUCGUUUUCGUCAAGUAUUAGUUGAUGAAGCAACACAAUCAACCGAACCAGAAUGUUUAGUACCUUUAGUAACAGGAGCAAAACAAAUUGUAUUAGUUGGUGAUCAUUGUCAAUUAGGACCCAUCAUUGUUUGUAAAAAAGCUGCAAAUGCUGGUUUAGGAAAAAGUUUAUUUGAAAGAUUAGUUAUGUUAGGUAUAACACCAUUUAGAUUAGAAGUACAAUAUCGCAUGCAUCCAGCUUUAAGUGAAUUUCCAUCUUAUGUUUUUUAUGAUGGUAGUUUACAAAAUGGUAUUACUUUAAAAGAAAGAGAAUAUCCUUUAAAAUCAUUUCCAUGGCCUAAUGCUAAAUGCCCUAUGUUUUUUUAUAAUUCAACUGGAUUAGAAGAAAUGUCUGCAUCAGGUACAAGUUAUCUUAAUAGAAGUGAAGCUUCUAAUAUGGAAAAAUUAGUUCGUACCUUAUUACAAUGUGGUUUGAAACCAUCACAAAUAGGUGUUAUAACACCCUAUGAAGGACAAAGAGCAUAUAUUACUUCAUUAUUUCAAAAAAAUAUUUCUUUUCAAAAUUCGUCGGAUAUAGAAGUAGCUUCAGUAGAUGCAUUCCAAGGAAGAGAAAAAGAUUUUAUAUUAUUAUCAUGUGUUCGAUCUAAUAAAAAAUUAGGUAUAGGGUUUUUAAAUGAUCCUAGAAGAUUAAAUGUUGCCUUAACCAGAGCAAAAUAUGGAUUAAUUAUAUGUGGAAAUGCAAAAGUUUUAUCAAGACAUCAUUUUAUAUCCAGAGAAAAAAUUAAUGCAAAUGAAACCAUAACUAAUGUAAAUUCAGUAUGGAUCAAUUUAUUAAGUCAAUUUAAAAAAAAAGAUUUAAUUGUAGAAGGUUGUUUAGCUAACUUGAAACCAGUAAAUAUAAAUAUACCUACACCUACAAAAUUACCAUCUAGAUAUACAAACUUUAAUUAUUUCCAUAGUUAUGAUAAUUUCCAAAAAAAUAAAACAUAUUCAUAUCAAGAUAAAUUCAAAUCUAAUACUUAUAAAGAUAAUAACACAAAUACAACUAAUCAAUAUAAUAAUAAUAAUAAUAAUAAUAAUAAUAAUAAUAAUAACAAAAAUGAUGAUCAAUUAUUUAAUUCUUCUCAUAAUAAUCAUUAUUAUUCUUCGUAUUAUUAUUAUUCACAUUUUAAUAAAAAUCAUCUACCAGACGAAAAUACUAAUUCACAAUUUAAUCUUAACCUUUCCAAUUAUAGUUAUUGUAGUGACCAUUUUAUGAACAACGAUUUGUAUAAUUAUAUUAAUAAAAAUAAGAAGAAAAAUAUUGUCAACUCAUAUGUUAAUAAUCUCAGUCAAAUGUCUCAAUUUAAUGAUUAUCCAACCGAAACAAAUCAUAAUAAUGACGAUCAUAAUUAUUUACAUCUUCAUGACAAAUAUAAUGAUACUCUUGAUGAUGAUAAGAAAAGUAGUAAUAAAUGUAAUAUUUCGUCAUCAUUGAAUAAUUCAGAAUUUUCAUAUCCUAAUAAUAAAAUGUCAUCUAAUCAUUCUAUAGAUUCAUAUAAUCAUGAUACAAAUUUAAUUUCCAUGUCGAAAAAUGCGGACAACUUAUUACCGUAUCUUUUCUAUUAUAAAAAUAAUCAAAACAGUAGUUCACAGCCAUAUAUGUAUUAUAAUCAAAAUAGUGAACAAAUAAAUUCAUCCAAGACACAAAAAGGUUUAAAAAAUACGGUACUAAAUAAAUCUUCUACCUCUAAUACGAUGGUAUCACAAAAGGAUUCUAUUAUAGUUAAUGAUCAAAAAUUAAAUUGUGAUAACUUGAAAAAGGUAUCUGAAAAUACGCAUAUAAAUUAG